UGGUCCAGGUGGGCCAGGCAGUGGUUCAGGGCAGUGGCCAGGGCAGUGGUCUAGGAAGGCUAGGCAGUGGCCCAGGUGCAGUGGCCAGUGCAGUGAUCUGUGGCAGUGGCCAGGGCAGUGGUCCAGGCAGUGGCCAGGGCAGUGGUCAGUGGGCAGUGGGCAGUGGUCCAGGGCAGUGGCCAGGUGGUCUCAGGCAGUGGCCAGGGCAGUGGUCCAGGCAGCGGCCAGGUGCAGUAGUCCAGGUAGCGGCCAGGAACAGUGUGACCAGAACUCCUCAGGAUGGAGUCAGAGACAUACCCAACCAAGCCAUCACCUCCCUCCUCCCACGACCACACCGUCCGGACUCACCAAACGCCAGAACUUCUCACUGGAAACCAUCUGUUAAACCUGCUGGAACCUCGCUGGAACCAGUUAAGCGCAUAGCUGGAAGCAUUUAG